AUGAAAUUUCGUCAGCGUGUUGCUGAUCUGAAUGCUGAAAUCCAAGAGCAACAGGAUCAGGUAAGCUUUAGUAUUUUCAAAUGUUUAUUUUGCUAUUUUGAUCAGUGA